GGGAGGAGGGGGAGGAGGGACGGGGGGAAGAGCAAGAGAAAGCAGCGGGAGGAGGAGGAGCGGGAGGAGCAGCAAGAGGGGGAAUGCGAGAAGGAGAGGGAGGAGGAGAGGAAGGAAGAGUGGGAGAAGGAGCGUGAGCGGGGCUAUGGCAGGAUCUUUGUCACGUUGUUUUGCGGAGGAGGAGCGGGCGGAGGACGAACAGUGGGAGGAGCGGGAGGAGGAGUGGGAGAACAAGUGGGAGGAGUUGGGGGGGGAACGGAAAGGGGCGGAGGAGGCGCAAGAGGAGGAGCGGGAGGAGGAGUGGGAGGAGGAGCAGGAGGGGAAAUGGAGGGGGUUAGGAGCUGGAGGAGCGCGAGGGGAAACAGGAACGGGGAGAGGAGCCGUCGGAGGAGGAGCGGGAGAAGGAGCGGAAGGGUUGAAAGAGGGGGGGGAGGGGCAGACUGUCGAACAUAUCAAGAAAUCUCAGGAAGUCAUGAUUGCUUUUGAGAACAAGCGUCGCCGACAGUCCACAUUUCAGGUAGGGGAACGCGUCUGGGUCAAGGCUAGUGAGUUGGGACAGGAGUUUGGCAUCUCUAGAAAACUAAUGCCGCAGUAUUUCGGUCCCUGGGAAGUCCUGGACAUUGUCGGGAAUGAUAUGGAUGGUCCAUACGUCAUUCGUAUCCGUGGUCACUUACGCACUUACCCUGUGUUUCACGCCUCCAAGCUUGCACCUUUCGCUGAGACAGCACAGUUCCCAUCACGGAGAUCUAUGCUGCCCCCAACCAUGGAUGGCCAAGUGGACGUCGACGACAUCCUGGAUCACAGAGAUACGCUUGUUCCUAAGCCACCUGGCAGGGGAAGACCUCCCAAACCUGCGAGGGAAUUCAGAGUACAUUUCAGGCAUCAUACAGACCCGAAGGAAGAUCGAUGGAUUUCAAGGGAGGAACUUGUCAAGACAGCUCCUCAGAUGGUGGCUGAUUAUGAGAAAAGAUUGAAGGGGAAGGCACCAGCAUGAAGCAUCUCAACGGACUUUCAAAGCUAAGGGGGAUGGAAUGUGAGGAACAAGCCCUCAAGUGGCCCUAUCAGACAUUGUUCUGGGCCAAGACCGCAGCAAGCCAAGU